GCAGCAGCAGCAACAAUAACAAACACAAGCAGCAAUUUAUUUAUUUAAAGAUAUACAUAUACAUAUUUUGCAUUGCCAAAGCAGACGAUCGGGCCAAAAUGAGUCACCAGCAGCAACAGCAACAACAGCAGCAACAGCAACAAGAACAACAGCAACAGCAGCAGCAGCAACAGCCAAAAAAGUUCUCAAAGUGCUCAUAAAUAUUAUGCUAGAAAUUGUUAAACAUUCACUAUCUCUAACACUCUCACUUAACGUGUCUCUCUUUCUCUGUGUCUCUCUCGCGUCGCGUCUCUCUGUUGCUGUCUCUCAAAAUGCUACGAAACUAUCGAAAGUAUUUGCAGGAUAAACGAAAAUACGACAAGGCACAGCGACGACGCAGCGGCGGCAACAUUUGCCAGCAAUAAACAGACAAACAGCAGCAACAACAAAUCGCAACAGCAGCAGCAGCAGCGACUAGCAAACAGCGACAGCAACAGCAACUAGCUAACGAUAAGCGAUAGACAGCAAUCGAUAGUUGAUUUGUAAAUAAAGCUAGGGCAACAGCAACAACAAUUUUGGAGGACGCCAUGUAUGCGCAACAUGUGCGCAAAUGGAGUCUAAAAACGCAACUGCAACUAAUGCCAUUGAUAUCGCUAGCAAUCUCCAUGUUGCUAUUGAUCACAUGUGCGCCGGCGACAACAGCAGCUGCAGCGUCAGCGGCAGCAGAAACAAUCACACAUCAGCUGCAAAGAUCAUGGGAAUCAGAAGAAAGCAGCUACUAUAUUGCAUUGCCACAGCAGCAGCAACAGCAGCAGCAGCAGCAGCUGCUGGCGGACAAUGGCAGCGGGAGGAGUGAAAGCGUCGACAGCAACAUCGACAAUAGCAACAGCAACAGCAACAGCAACAAUAAUAUUCAAUUAAGUAGGCUGCCCAGCCGGCCCAGCAGUCUUAGUAGCUUUAAAAACAUUAAGUUUAGGUCAGCAACAGUAUUCGACGCAGGCAGCGAUAGCGAUGCGGCUGUACUGCGACAGCAACAGCAACAGCAGCGGCAGCAACAUAUUGCUGCGGUGACAACGCAGCAGUCACAGCAACAAGUUCCAAAUACGCUAAUAAAUAGUCAAAUAUAUAAAUUAUUAUACAAUAAUGGCAUGCCCAGCGUGGCGGCAAGCAGCAGUAAAACGCGACGUCAUGCACUGCAACAGCAACAACAGCUGCUGCAGCAACAGCAGCAUCUCAGCAACUUUGCGCGGCAGCCGCAGCAGCUGCAGCAACUUAUUGCUGCCUACAACUUUAGCAGCAAGGCAGGAGCAACUGCAACGGCAACACAACGCUAUUUUAUUGAGUCCUAUGAAGUGCCAGAGAGCAGCCAGGAACAGACGGCGCGGAAUCGCCGCGACUUUGGCAGCUCCGGCAACAGGAAUGGCCAGCGGCAACAUCGCGCCGGUGGCGGCCACCGGCAGCAGCAGCAGGAGGCAAAGCGCGAGCAUCGCCGCCAGCGGCAGCAACAGCGCCAACAGCAGCAGCAACACCAGCAGCAACAGAAGCAGCAUCAGCAGCAUCAACACCAGCAGCAUCGAAAACAUCCACAAAAGCAUCGGAACAGGCAGCGGGCGGGUCGUUACUGUUCAGCGCGGGAUCCCGCUCAGCUGGCGUAUGUGGCGCCCACCGUCUUUAUGGGUGUCUUUAAGUCAAUGUCGGCCGAUCGGCGGACGAACUUCUCGGCAACCAUGAAGGUGCUGCAGGUGUACAAACAGCAGAAGAAUCUGCAGCUGCCACAGCUGGUCCGGCUGCAGUUCGCGCUGCGCAAGAACAGCGGCGAGUGCGACAUCUACAGGGAGCGUCUGUUGCCGCGGGGUCUGGUACGUGGCAACGAUCUGGAGCAGGCCUCUGACAUUACCUACAUGAUGUUUGUGCAGCAAACCAAUUCCGGCAACUUCUCCAUCCUGGGACAGCCCACACGCGUUACGCCCGCCGUCCUCGAAGCAGUUAAAAUGGCUGUGAACGAAACUUAUGCACAGAACGCAACGAUUACAUCGCUUAGAUCCAUGCCGAGCAACGCGACGAUGAUCAACGGCAAGGAGCUACGCAUCAUCUGCAACGUGGAGGGCAGGCCGCCUCCAAAGGUGACCUGGUUCAAGGACGACAAGUCGAUAAAUCGCAAACGCAAUGUUUACCAAUUCAAGCAUCACAAAAGACGCGCCGAGCUGAUCGUGCGCUCCUUUAACAGUUCCUCAGAUGCGGGCAAAUACGAGUGUCGUGCCAAGAAUAAAGUCAGAAAAGACAUCGACAAGCGCGGCAUCAUGAUCAAUGCCUAUCCAGUUCCGCUGACGCCGGAUCCGGGCAGCGCGGGCUAUCCAUGCGAGAACAACCAUUGCUUUCACGGCGGCACCUGCAUGUUGUUACCGUUUCUGAAUAUAUAUUAUUGCAAUUGCCCGGAAGGAUUCACUGGCCAGCGCUGCGAGUUCUCCGGCCCAGACAAUAUUUUGUUGCAAUCUACGGCCAAAUACAUACCUUAAAUAAUGAUUAUCUUAAUGCAUAGAAUUUUUAUUUAAACAAAAACAAAAACAAAAAAAAAAGAAACAAAUAAUAAAUAAAACGCAAUCAAAAGUACUCCCUGCACUCCAACGCCGACAAAUGUAAUUUUUUAGUAUUAUGUUUAAAAAAUUCUACAAUUUGUUGCACCACACGAAAAACAAAAAACUAAAAAAAAAAACAAAAACAAAAACAAAAAAAAGCAGAAACCAAAUUUUCGCAACGCUCACGCCAAGCCAAUUGUGGGCGUUGUUCCACAAUUUUUUUUGCAACUACAAAAAAAAAAAAUAUAUUAUUAUUUAAAAAUGAUAAAAAUGAAAGCAAAUACAUUAACCAGCUGCAGACUCACAAUUCCCGUUGUUUUGGCGUUUGUGCACGGUGACAGAAUUUUAUCUAUGAAAAUUGAAUCAAAAUCUGAACUUUCUAUUGUACUUCGUUUUGCGAGAGAAAAUAAGAAAUUGCGAAAUAAAAAACCCCUUCCCCCAAAAAAAUAAGAGAAAGAUAAGAUAUGAUACCGAUUGACCCUGACACUGACACUGUUGCGCUUUUGUUGUUGUACCAUAGACAUACAUACAUACAUAUAGAGAAUAUGAAGAACGAGAGCUUGUAAUAAACCAUGUAUAUAUACAUAUAUAUAUAUGUGUAUACAUAUAUAUAUAUAUAUACAUAUACUUAAAUAUAUAAACAUUAUGAUUCACGAUAAGUUUUGUGUACAUUUCAACUAAGUUAUAAAAGAGCUUAACCAUAAUUUAUUUUGUAUUUUAUGAUUGAUUAAUUUAAACUUUAUGCUAAGUUCAACACACACACACACACACACACACAUAUAUACAGCUACUUAAUUUCGAAAUACUAUUUUAUUUUCCAUUUAUGGUUUUUUUUUUCUUAAUUAAGUAUUUGUAACUAAAGUGUAUGAGAAAUGCAAACUUUAUUUUUUAUGUAUAUGUUGACAACAGUUUGUACUUA